CCGAUGGGAACACGACUGCCUUUCACAAAGACGAACAAUGGAUCUGAACACCACUACGUGGGAAGAUGCCCUGGAAUAACCAGGGCAUCAGGGGGCCAGGGGCCAUUUCAAAAUACACGGCAAGACGCUCACUUUUUAAAUAGUUUUUUAUUUAAAAAGAAAACGCAUCAUGUUAAAUAAGAGGCACAUGUAUUAAAAUAUCCAGACAAUGCGCCAAACGCAGCCUAUACCUGCCGCUGAAACAGCGACAGCCCUGAAGAGCCCGGGGCGAUGCGCAGCGUAAUGUUGUCGGGGGGUUUUGACUUCUCCCAGCCAUUGCAAAGAAGCCGCUCUGCCUGACUGCCACGGAAACCGCUUCUCCUCUGGCUGCUGCAAGCUAAGCCCCUUUUUUUUUUCUUCCCUCUCCUAUCCUCCACACCCCUUCCAGCUUUGGCAGGUGUGGAACUUGAGCAUCCUUUCUAUCUUCUUAAUAACUUGUGUAGUCGUGCGCCCGCUGUAAUGGACGAAACGGAUAUCAUGGACUUAACGCAUCACAAAACGAGAAAGCGACCGCGUCCAAUCAGUUCUUUGGAUUCCGAGUCCAUGCACGCGUCUCUUAAACGGCUCCCGAUCCGAGCGCUGGAGUGCAGGGAUCCCUCGCUUAUGUUUGCACUUAGAGGAGAUCCGAUACCUGCAGCGUCUUUGAAGCAAAAUGAUCAUUCCGUGUCUUCCUCUCCGACCACAGUAAUGCCAGCGCAGGAUAACCGCUCCAGCAUGUCCCGGCCCAUGAUCAACCGGUCGCCGGCCUCCCCCCUCAGCAACCAGGGCAUCCCCGCGCCUGCCCAGCUCACCAAGUCCAACGCCCCGGUGCACAUCGACGUGGGCGGACACAUGUACACCAGCAGCCUGGCCACGCUCACGAAGUACCCAGAGUCCAGAAUCGGCCGUCUCUUCGAUGGCACGGAGCCCAUAGUGCUGGACAGCCUGAAGCAGCACUACUUCAUUGACAGGGAUGGACACAUGUUCCGCUACAUCCUCAACUUCCUCCGGACGUCCAAGCUCCUCAUCCCAGACGACUUCAAAGACUACAGCCUGCUGUACGAGGAGGCGCGCUACUUCCAGCUGCAGCCCAUGCUGACGGAGCUGGAGCGCUGGCGGCAGGACCGCGAGCUGAGCCGGGUGUCGCGGCCGUGCGAGUGCCUGGUGGUGCGCGUGGCGCCCGACCUGGGCGAGCGCAUCACGCUGAGCGGCGACAAGGCGCUCAUCGAGGACGUCUUCCCCGAGAUCGGCGACGUCAUGUGCAACUCGGUCAACGCCGGCUGGAACCACGACUCCACGCACGUCAUCCGCUUCCCCCUCAACGGCUACUGCCACCUCAACUCUGUGCAGGUGCUGGAGCGCCUGCAGCAGCGUGGCUUUGACAUCGUGGGCUCUUGCGGCGGCGGCGUGGACUCGUCCCAGUUCAGCGAGUACGUCCUCCGGAGGGAACUGAGGAGGACGGGUCAGCGGACCCCCAACUCAAACAGGAUAAAACAGGAGCAGCUGGACUAGAGGGGACCUCCCGGCCGCCAGGAGGCACUAGACUUUUCUGUGGCAGCCCCCCAGCCCCACGCCCCCCCUCCUCAUCUAACCCC